AUGUCGCUGUCAGCGCCGGCCACGUCCAGUCGAACCAAACCAAAAACUCGGAUCCUGCGCGACGUUACAGUCGCCAUUGCCGGCCAUCUCGGGUCCGGCUGGUCCGAUGCCGACGUCGCCCGCUGGACGGCCUACAACGGCGGCCGGUUUGUCGCGACCAUGACGCCCGACAACGAGCAGGGCGUCACGCACUUGCUGUGCUCGCGCGAGGAGUACGCCAAACCCAAGAAGCAGCGCUGUGCCAACCUGAAACUGGCUCUCGAGGCCAAGACCGUCCGCAUCCUCCUGCACGACUGGCUCGAGGACUCGCUGCACCGGCGUCGCCGCCGUCCGGAGCGCAACUACCUGCUCACGACGGUAGCCCGCCGCGACGCCCGCCAAGAACAGCUGGCCGCGCUGCGCGAGCGCGGCCGCCGCGAGGGCGAGGUGUUUGUCGACAGCAGCCUGUAUCGGCUGUACCGCGACAGCACCGGGUUCGCGUACCGCGUGACGCUGCGGCGCGACCACGCCGCCGCCGGCGUGUGGGGCGAGCGGUACGUGCUGCACCUGUUUGAGUCGUUUGCGCAGCCGCCGCUGUACUGGUUUGCGGCGCGGCACUACAAGAGCCGGACGCACACGCAGCCGCGCACGUUUCGGCCGAGCGCGACGUGCCAGCUGUUUGGGACGGCGUUUGGGCAGUUUUGCGGGUUUUUCCACAAGAAGACGGGCGUGGCGUAG